AUGCUUGAGAGCGCGCCCUUAUACACCAAAGAAAGAGAAAAAUCUGACAUGGCAGACUUAGAGGUGCUGGGAAGCCUUUCAUUUGAUCUAAGCAUUAAUAAGGACGAAAAAAUAAAAGAGGCAUUUGUUUCGCUCGUGUCAAAGUUAGGCACCAAGGAGUUCAUGCUGGAGUACUCGGCUUUGUACAGCAAGAUACUAGCCAUUCACGAGAGAAGGCGCAACUGCAUGUGCUCUGAGCCCGUAGAGUCGCUGUUUUCUUUAGAAAUAGAAGAACCUGAGCACAGCACAAACCCACUCGAAACAUGUAUACUUAAUGAAAUAUCCAUAAGCACAGAUUAUGUAAAUAAGCCAGCGUUGUAG